GCAGGCGCCGCAGCAAAGCAUGCGAGAGUCGAGACUCAUAUAUAUUCCCUUUCUCCUCCUCCUUGAGCAGCAGAAGACAGAACUGCGACAAGUAAUCUUAUAGCUCUUGAAGAGAACCAGUAAUCUUAGAGGAAGGAAGAUGAACGCGGACUACGGCGCGAGCACGGAGCUCGAAGGGCCCCUGCAGCAGAGGAGGGCGCUCUACCAGCCCCGCCUCCCACCCUGCCUCCAGGGAGCGACGGUGAGAGUGGAGUACGGCGAUGCGACCACCACCAUCGACCCAGCCGGCGCACCCGAGGUCGCCAGGGCCUUUCCCCGCACCUACGGCCAGCCGCUCGUCAACUUCCUCGCCGCUGCCGCUGACAAGGCAGCCGGCGAGCGCCCGCCGAUCAGGGUGGGUGUGGUGUUCUCCGGGAGGCAGUCACCUGGAGGGCACAACCUGGUCUGGGGCCUCCAUGACGCUCUCAAGGCUCACAAUCCUCACUGUGCUCUCUACGGAUUCAUCGGUGGGACUGAAGGGCUGUUUGCAAACAAGACAUUGGAGAUCACAAACGAUGUUCUUGCUUCAUACAAGAACCAAGGUGGUUUCGAUUUACUUGGCAGGAGUAUCGAUCAGAUCCGCACGUCUAAGCAACUGAGUGCUGCAAUGACUACGUGCACCAAUCUUAACUUGGAUGGUCUGGUCAUUGUUGGAGGAGUGACUUCCAAUUCGGAUGCUGCACAGCUUGCAGAGACCCUUGUCCAGAAUAACUGUAAGACUAAGGUGGUUGGUGUCCCUGUUUCACUGAAUGGCGAUCUCAAAAACCAGUUUGUUGAGACAACUGUUGGAUUCGAUACCGUGUGCAAGGUAAAUUCUCAGCUUAUAAGCAAUGUUUGCCUGGAUGCAAUCUCAGCUGGAAAGUAUUACUAUUUUGUCCGUUUGAUGGGUCGAAAAGCAUCGCAUGUCGCCUUCGAAUGUGCACUUCAGUCGCACCCAAACAUGCUUAUCAUGGGAGAGGAGGUGGCAUUGUCAAAACUCACUCUGAUGGAAAUUAUAAACAAGAUAUGUGACGGGGUAGUAGCACGGGCAGAAUUAGGAAAAUACCAUGGUGUGCUCCUCAUUCCAGAAGGACUGAUACAGAGCAUUCCAGAAAUGUACGCUCUCAUUCAGGAAAUCAGUAUCCUUCACAACAACAAUGUUCCUGUAGCGGAGAUGUCAUCACAACUGUCUCCGUGGGCUGCUGCGUUAUUUCAGUUCCUGCCACCAUUUAUCAGAAGAGAGCUACUGCUCCAUCAAGAAUCCGACAACUCUGCCCAGUUGUCCCAGAUCGACACCGAGCAACUGUUAGCUCAUUUGGUAGAAACAGAAAUGACAAAGAGAACAAAAGAAGGCAGAUACAAGGGAAGGAAGUUCAGUUCAGUCUGUCAUUUCUUUGGAUAUCAAGCACGAGGGUCCCUACCGUCAAACUUUGACUGUGACUAUGCCUAUGCUCUUGGUCAUAUCUCUCUGCAUAUCAUAGCAGCUGGUUUGACUGGUUACAUGGCAACGGUGGCUAAUUUGAAGGAUUCUGUAGACAAGUGGCGAUGUGCUGCAGCUCCACUAACUGCAAUGAUGAGCGUCAAGAGGCAUUUACGUGGCCCUGGUGCAAUCCCUGUAGGAAAGCCUGCCAUUCAUCCGUCUCCUAUCGACCUGAAAGGAAAGGCAUACGAGUUGCUGCGCGAGAAAGCCUCAAGCUUUCUCCUCGACGACUUCUACAGGACCCCUGGAGGUAUUCAAUAUGAAGGACCUGGUUCGGACGCAAAGCCCAUCACACUGACCAUUGAAGACCAGGACUACAUAGGAGACAUUGAAAUCCUAAAACAAUAUCUCGACAAGGUGAAGGUAAUUGUGAAGCCCGGGUGCUCGAGAGAUAUCCUCAAAGCGGCGAUAAGCUCCAUGGUCUCGGUGACGGACGUGCUGACAGUGAUGUCCCACCCUCUCAAUUGUGAGAUGCCUCUCUUCCAUUUCAACUGAGUGUGAAGCACUGCGUCGGAAUUGUUGUAGGAUGAAUGAGCCCAGUUUUGUUAAGAGUACAGGAGGCAGGAUUCUUGAUCUAUUCUGUUUUCCUUUCUGUUCCUUUUCUGAAGGACAGGCAUGUGAAAGCUCUGCAGUUUAUGUCAAUAAACAAUGCAAUACCAGUUAAUCCUGGGCAGUACUUACUGCAGGAUUUGUGCCAAACCUUGUGUGACUGGAUAUGUUUGUGAUGAGUAAUCGGAUACAGUUUGAAUGA